AAGAUGGCGACUCACAUGUCGAGGUGUAAAACCUGGAGUCGCGUUCAAAGGUUUGGGAUCGCAGCGUACAGAAAAUACAGCAGUGGUAGCCGAUACCCAAAUAUCUCCCUCUCUGAACCGCUGCCUGGGAUCCCAAAACCGAUAUUCGCAUCUGGAGAUGGUCUGGAACAACACGAAACCAGGAUCACAACUCUAGAAAAUGGGCUCAAAGUCGCUUCCCAAAACAAAUUUGGUCAAUUCUGCACCGUCGGAAUUUUAGUAAAUUCUGGAUCCAGACAUGAAGCAAAGUACCCGAGUGGAGUAGCACACUUCAUAGAGAAACUCGCCUUCUCUUCCACAGCUCAGUACGGGAGUAAAGAUGAAAUUCUCCUCACGUUGGAAAAACACGGAGGGAUAUGUGACUGCCAGACGUCAAGGGACACCACCAUGUAUGCAGUGUCUGCGGAGGUGAAGGGUCUGGACAUGGUGGUCAGUCUUCUCUCUGACGCUGUUCUACAGCCUCGCCUGCUGGAUGACGAGAUCGAGAUGACCAGAAUGGCCGUACGCUUUGAGUUGGAAGAUCUGAACAUGAGGCCCGACCCUGAACCUUUACUCACGGAGAUGAUCCAUGCUGCCGCGUAUCGAGGCAACACCGUCGGACUGCCUCGCUUCUGUCCUGUGGACAACGUGGACAAGAUUGACAAGACGGUGCUCCACAACUACCUGCGUAACUACUUCCGCCCCGAGCGGAUGGUGCUGGCGGGCGUGGGCAUCGAGCACGAGCAGCUGGUCGAAUGUGCCAGGAAGUACCUGCUGGGCGCCAAGCCGGUGUGGGGGACAACGGCCGUGGCCGACGUGGACCUCUCGGUGGCGCAGUACACUGGGGGCAUCAUCAAGAUUGAGAAGGAUAUGUCGGAUGUGAGCCUUGGCCCCACCCCCAUCCCGGAGCUCACCCACAUCAUGAUCGGCCUGGAGAGCUGCUCCUUCCUGGAGGACGACUUCAUCUCACUCGCGGUGCUCAACAUGAUGAUGGGUGGAGGCGGCUCCUUUUCGGCAGGGGGGCCUGGGAAAGGCAUGUUCACCCGCCUCUACCUGAACGUGCUCAACAGGCAUCACUGGAUGUACAAUGCCACCUCCUACCAUCAUAGCUAUGAGGACACCGGUCUGCUGUGUAUCCAUGCCAGUGCGGACCCCAGACAGGUGCGGGAAAUGGUUGAGAUAAUAACCAGAGAGUUCAUUCAGAUGGCAGGCAGUGCAGAAGAGAUGGAGCUGGAGAGGGCCAAGACUCAGCUCAAGUCCAUGCUGAUGAUGAACCUCGAGUCCAGGCCCGUUAUUUUUGAAGAUGUUGGCCGCCAGGUUCUCUCCACAGCAAAGAGAAAGCUGCCGCAUGAGCUGUGUGAUCUAAUAAGCAACGUGACGGCCGGCGACAUCAAGAGAGUCGCCACCAAGAUGCUGCGCAGUAAGCCCGCCGUCGCAGCUCUGGGAGACCUGACGGAUCUGCCCUCGUACGAACACAUCCAGGCCGCCCUGUCCAGCAAGGACGGACGUCUGCCCCGCAUGUACCGCCUCUUCCGAUAGGCUGAGCCGGUCGUCGCCGGCAGACAUCCCUGUAAAUAUGCUGGACUGGUUGCAUUAGUGUUCCCUCCCACCGAAGAACUUGAUCCAGCUCACUCUGGGAAGGGACUAAUACCCGUGCUCUCCACCGUACCUCUGAGAGUGGAUCUUCAUGUUGCGUUGUGCUCCAGUCGCCAUUGUCUCACUACAGUUGGACUAUCUGUAUUUAUUGAUUGGGGGCGGGAACGCCUUAUUUCAUUAUUUACUGGGGUGGUGUCAGGAGUUUGGUUCUAUAGGAACAAUUCACCCCAAAGCCAAAUGUAAGUGUUACGUUCUCAUUUCAAAACUCCCAAUUACAACCCGUUAUGUUUUUAAGUUUCUGAAUGAAUGACACGUUCAAUGGGAAUGACGGCAUUUAGGAACGAGAAGAGCGCGUCAGUGUCUAGACGGUGGUUAACCAGCUUUAUGGUUUUCCUUUAGCUCUCUAAAUAAUUCAGAGCUGCACCUUGAGCCUUCUCUUUUUCCAGAGUGGAUGGAUACAAAUAAAGGAGAAAACCUUACGAGUGAUACAAAAGCACUUCAUAGUCUCUUCAAACACCGGAUAUGGACACAAAGGGAUGGUUGACGGAUUAAUAAAGACAUCCUUGGAAUGUUUUGGGAUAAAUGAGGCAAACCUCACAACUAACUCGCCGAUUUAUCGUAAUCAUGUCUCGGUAACUGACACUGUAGAGAAUGAAAUCUGUUAUGCUUUUUUUGUAUUUUUGGUUGUGUAGAUGUACUUGCAAAUUAAAAAAUAUAAAUGUU